UUGACAUUCAGCACAAGGACGUAAAUCGAGCCCAGGCGAAGCUCAACAAACAAGCCUGCAACAGUGCGCCACUGUGGGAGUUUCAUUUAAAAAGGAUCAGCGAUGCGUAAAACACUCAGCAAAGUGCGAUAGAGAGACUUGAUAUUCCUGCAAUACUUUCGGGUCAACCAGCACAGACAUGGAUUAGGCAGUAAGAUGUUAAUGAGCAGGAUCGCGUUUGAUCUUAAAUGCUGGAACCACCACUGUGUCUGAGACCAAGCCUGGUUUUGCGAGAGAUCCGGUAUCUGCACAAAGUAGAGCCUGUGUAUGCCACCGUUUCUUGCCUCUCUCUCUGGAUGGAUACCAGCUCAGCUUCACCUUCGUCCUCAAUGUUGGCGGGUCCUUCCUCAUUGUGGCGUCUGGCGGAGAGGAGGAGCAGGAAGGCUGGAUCAGGGAACAUUUUCAGCAACGUGAAUCUGUGGCAGCUCCAGAGACUGUUCAGGGCUGCAGGGGACCAGGAUGCUGAGCAGAGAGCCCAGCUGGUUUGGGGACACAGAGAUGAAACUGAACUGGCUCAGGCCUUAAUAGGCAUGAGGGCUCGAACUCACCGGAGAGGGCUGCGGGCCAAUGGGAGAGAUGCACUGGGCUCACAUUGGCUGCGAGCCUUCAAUCACCUCAGGAUCGGGGAGAACACGCAGAGCAGCGAGGGGAAGGAUGCUGACAAAGAGAGUGAUCCUGAGCCAGGAGCACAGAGAAGUCCAGAGCCCCUUAAACACACCUCAGGAGGAACCUCAGGAAGAGGAACAGACACUACUGUGGUUGUCACUGAGAACCAUAACCCUGCAGAGACAUCUGAAAGAACAGCCAGAACCAACUCAGGAAUGAGGAGAGGACGAGGAAACAAUCCAGAGAGAUAUCUCCAUCGAAUACUACAUUGACAAAACAAGAGCAAGUUUUAAUAAAGCCCCAGGAGAGGACACAGACAUAGAUAAACUUCCAGGUUUAAGUAAAACUGAGCAACAGUUUGAGAGAUUAGAAUAGUUUCUCAUAUUGGCUAAGGUCUCACUGUUUUAUUGACAGAUGGCUUCACACUGACACACAUUUCUGACACAUUUCAACCUGAAAUAAUACGAGCUGGACAAAAAAAAAAAUGUGAUAUUCCCCUGAGUUUUGUAUGUCAAUGUCAAGCAUAAGGACAGAAUUGCUGGCUAAACUUGUUCUGUAACCAGGAAUUUCAGCUCAUCAGCGGUUUGCAGUUGGUGAUAUACUGCAUCUUAUCAGCCAGUGAUGAUAGAAAGAAUCAUCCACCAACUUUUUUAGCCAAAUCACCUGGAUCACACUUCUGUAAAAGUUAGCGACGGGAAUGUGGAGGGCUUCAUAAACAGCAGCGUGGAAAAGUAGGAGUGGUGGGGCCAUUUAUCAUGGAACCGUCUAAUUUGAGCAGUAGUGAGUGGAAAUAGAAAAUUACAUUUUUACAAGCUUUAUUUCUUAGUCAACUUUAUUGAGAGACCAACAAUAAUAAGUGUAAGUCCUCACCAUGCACAAAUAACCAUGAAAAAAACCAAAAUGCUGUUGUCUGAAAAAGAGACAAACUGCAAGAUUUCUUGAAACUUGAAGAUUUUUAAUAAAACAGUUUCAUUUUUUAAAAUGCUAGUAAUUAAAGCAUUGCAUUUUUAUUGUCUCAUUCAUUUUUUAUUCAUUUGUUUUGUAUAAAGAUCAAGACAAUGAUUCAGUACAGUCGAGAGAUGGCUUCAAAUGAAUGUGUAGGCUUCAAAGAAGACAGAGGUUAAAAAUAUUGAUUUAAUCAUUUGAUCUAAACUGAUUAACUCCCAGUUCUUUGUUUGUUCAGCUGCUGUGUUGCCUUACACCACAUACACACAGUUAUAACAGAUCCACCCCAAAGUUCGGCUUGCAUCCAGUCUGACACUAUCCAGUGCAGCGUGGCUAUUUUUAUAUUUUAGUUUUCUUCAUAAUUUACUUUCUUUGAUUUAGUUUGGACCUUCAGCCUUACUUUCUGUCUUCAGUUGGAACCGUUUUAGUUUGUGUGAUUUUGUUGUGUUUUGUUUAGCACCUGUUUAUAGUGAGCUGAUUGUUACAUUUAUGUUAUGUUAUUAAUAACUCAAUUUUGUGUUGGUAAUAACUGAUAUGUCUGUGUUUCUUGUCAGAUCCUCAUCACUGUUGUCACAUUCAGCUCCCAGCUGCUGGAUUAAUACAUGUUUAUUAAAGCUGGUUACUAACA